ACUAGAAGAUCGACGUUGGAAUACUGCAUAAUUUUCAGAGUUCACAAUCCAGGGCUUAUCAGCUUCAUUCAAUUAACCCGACCUGCUGCUCACAGACAAAUGGGAUGGGAAAACCUGACCAGCAUCUCAGAAUUUUUCCUCCUGGGGCUCUCUGAGCAGCCAGAACAGCAGGAGGUUCUCUUCGGGCUGUUCCUGUCCAUGUACCUGAUCACCGUAGCCGGCAACCUCCUCAUCAUUCUGGCUAUCGUCACCGAUGCGCAACUCCACACUCCUAUGUACUUCUUCCUGGCCAACCUCUCCCUCGCUGAUGCCUGCUUUGUGUCCACCACAGUCCCCAAGAUGCUGGCAAACAUAUGGAUCCAGAAUCAGGCCAUCUCCUACGCAGGGUGCCUAUCACAGCUGUAUUUUUUCAUGCUGUUUGUGAUGCUGGAGGCAUUCGUCUUAGCUGUCAUGGCCUAUGACCGCUAUGUGGCCAUAUGCCACCCACUCCAUUACAUCAUGGUCAUGAGCCCGGGGCUCUGUGGUCUCCUAGUGUCUGCUUCUUGGACGGUGAACGCCCUCCAUUCCCUCCUGCACACACUCUUGAUGAAUAGACUGUCCUUCUGUGCAGACCAUGAGAUCCCCCACUUCUUCUGUGACAUCAACCCCCUCCUGAGUCUGUCCUGCACAGACCCCUUCAUCAAUGAGCUAGUAAUCUUCACCAUCGGGGGUCUCGCAGGCCUGGUUUGUGUGCUUUGUCUGAUUAUCUCUUACGCGUAUAUUUUCUCAACAAUCCUGAAGAUCCCCUCAGCUCAGGGCAAGCGGAAAGCCUUUUCUACCUGCAGCUCUCAUCUCUCCGUGGUCUCCCUAUUCUUUGGGACAUCCUUUUGUGUUUAUUUCAGUCCCCCCUCCACCCGCUCGGCACAGAAAGGCACAGUGGCAUCAGUGAUGUACACAGUGGUAACUCCAAUGCUGAAUCCCUUUAUCUACAGUUUGAGGAACAAAGACAUCAAGUCUUCCCUGAGGAAACUAAUUUGGGUUAGGAAAAUUCAUUCUGCUCAGUGGUACUGACUUCACAUC